AUGCUGUUGCUACUGUCACUGCUGCCUCUCCUGCCGCCGCCGCUGCUGCCGCCUCCGCCGCCGCCGCUGGUCCUGCUUUUGCUUUUACUUCUCCUGCAUGACAGUUGUUUUCUCCACCUAAGCAGACACCAGCUUCAGAUGCUCGAGGUGAGAAACAUGCCUUUCAGUUUGGGCUAUUGGUUUACUUAA